CUGAUGCACACCCAUUUUACAUUUCCUAUCUUUUCCCAACGUCAAAAAGGUGAAACGAGAUAAAUCCCAUAUAAAGUACCAGUUUUCAGGCAUGAGUUCCACGUCAUUGGAAAAGAUGCAAGGAACAAAUAUAGCUGUAAAGUUUUGAAGUAAUCAAAAUCUGUAAACCCUUUUUCCUUUUCCAUAGAUUCUGAAAGAAUAUGUGCAUAUAUAGAUGAUAGAUCCAUCGAGCCUCCAUUAAAUACCUCUUUAUGCUUCCACACACAGACACCAUAACAGACGAUCAAAUGGCUGGGAAACAAUCUGCUUCUGCUUUCAUCUUCCUGUUGUUCUUUCUUUCAGUUGGGACUUUGAUAUCAGUUCAUGCACAGAAAACUUGGUGUGUGGCAAAACCAUCGUCCAGCUUGGCGACUCUUUUGAAAAAUAUAAACUUUGCAUGCUCACAAGUGGACUGUGGUUGUUUGCAACAAGGUGGCGCGUGUGCUACACCUGCCAAUGUAUUCAACCAUGCUUCAGUUGCCAUGAACUUGUAUUACCAGUCUAAAGGAAGAAACGCUUGGAAUUGUGAGUUUGAAAACUCGGGUCUUGUUACAGUUAGUGACCCAAGUUAUGGAGGUUGUUCAUAUGUUUAGAUCAUCGGGAUAGAAGUUAUAGAUCUACUAUGAAGAAAAGUUGCUUAUUUGAUAUUAUUAUCGUUUUUUGAAUCAAAUUUGUAAGCUUAAUAUAUAGAUGCAUCUCAUUUUGUAGUUUACUGCAGUUGGUUACUUGUAUCUCAUGAUUCAAUCUUUGUUGCCAAUUUGUCCUAUUUUCCACCAUAAAAAAUACUAUAAUUUGUCA